CUUUAUUUAUUAUUGACCUCAUUACGGAUUAUUGUAUACUUUCAGUACAAGUUGAUACAUCACGCGCGUUGUGUGAUCUAAGAAAACGUAAAAAAUACCAAGUACAAAAUAACUACUGCACAGGUAUUCGAUACAAAAAAAUACUCCAACAUAUUCUAAACAUAUUCCGUCGAAAUUAUGAAUAGUUCAAUAAUUCGUAUUGGCCAAGCUUUAUUUACACAUCACCCGUGUCAUCGAAAAAUGACAAGAAGACUUAUAUCUUACUAUCCAAUCGACGAUGCUCUAUUCAAUCUCAACGAGGAACAAAUACAAGUAAGUGCAGCGAAAUGAAAAAUAAAUAUAUAUAUUUUUUUAAUCGAUUACAACAAAUGUUUAUUUUUGAAGAAAUUUUCAAAUAAAUCUGCGCUAAAUAUUAAUAUAACUAGUAGAUAUUACAUAAAUUAAAUUGUGUAUAGGUACCUAAUAAAUAAAAAUAUAUUUGUAGUCGAAUUUUCCCCGAGAAAUAUUACGAGACUAUAUUGCAGCCUAUUGCAAUGUCAGUUACAUAUGUAUCUUUUUAUCGUUAUACUUUUUAACACUUUAAGUGAAUUCCUCUGGACCAAAUGAACUUAAACUAGGGAAUUAAAAUAUUUUUUUAUAGGUUGAUUGAAGUGAUUAAAUUUAUAUUGAAUUUCACCAUUGAUAGAGGAGCGUGUUUUUUAACUUUGAACAUCCCUACACAGGGCAUUUAAAUGAGGUAAUUGGAGCAAAACUUAAUUUAAGUAAAUCGCUAUUAUGUUGGAUAUACGCAGUACAACAAAUACAAGAUUAUUACCUGAAAUUUUGAUGAAAACUUGAUCAACAUUUAAAGUAUCUAAUAUCUAUAUUAAGUAAAACGGAAUUACAUAUUAAUGACAAUAAGAACACCGCCAUCACAACAUAGGGAACUAGUUAAUUCGUUUCUAUCACAUCGAAAUAUUUGAUGUCGAGUAAAACCUAAUUCUAUAUCAAAAAAUUAUUAUUUAACCAUGCUUCUAUAAACAUGGCCGUAGAAUAUUAUAAUAUAUUUAAUUUGGUUCUUAAAUCACGAACAUUUUGGAAAUAAUCAAUGAAAUUAGAAUUAGUACAAUUAGAAAGUUUAUCGAAAUAGAGAACAGAUUUGUAUUUAACAUUAUUAAAUAAAGUCCUUAAGUUACUUAAUAUAAACAUUUUGAAUAUUUUCAGUUACGCAAAACUGUUUUUGAUUAUGCUCAGAGAGAAAUAGCACCGAAAGCGGCUAAAAUAGAUCAAACAAAUGCAUUUGAUGAUAUGAGGGUAAGUAUUUAUUAUAUAGUCCGUUCCAAGUAAAAUGUAAUAUUAUUUUCGAUAAGCUACGUGCAAGCCAAAAUAACAAGGCUUAACUAUUUGAUAUUUCAAAAUGUUAUAUAAUAUAGGUAACCUAAUUGUUUGUUUUAAUAUUUUUCGAAUUUUAUAAAUAUUAUGUUUUUCUAAAAAAAAAAAUCAUCACAGCAUCAUCAUCCAAAAGAUAUUUUUAAAAGGUUUCGAAAACAGAGGUUCCCGUAUCCCAUUUAAAAAAAAUGUACGCUUUAUUACGCGCCGCAUCGCUAUCAUACAACUUUUGAAAACUGGCUUAAAAAAAAAAAAAAAUCAAAAAGUGUACUUGAGUAUCCCCUAUAUAUAAUAAACAAAAUUUAACUGUAUUAAAAUAUUACUUAUAUCAAAUAGUUUAUAAGAUCUUUUGUUUUAUGUUCAUAUAUAACAUUAUAUAAUUGAUUCAACAAUAAUUAUUUGUAGGUGUGUAACAAUUGUUGGUAUCACAUAAUGUUUUGACCUUACACAAGGUUUUCCGUUCAUGGUUUAAACAAAACCUACGAAUCGCGUAACAAUAAUAGUAUAUUAUUAUUGUGAAUUAAAAAUAACAAUUAAAAAAACCGACAAUUUAUUGCAGAAAUGUUGGCGAGAAUUGGGAUCACUCGGUCUCUUGGGCAUAACAAUUCCGACGGAAUACGAAGGUACAGGGGGCAGUUAUACCGAUCACGUGAUAGCCAUGGAAGAAAUUUCCAGAGCCAGUGGAUCUGUAGGCCUAAGCUACGUGGCGAACACCAAUCUGUGCAUGAACCAAAUUCGAUUGAACGGUACUCACGAGCAAAAAAAGAAAUUCUUGCCGAGGGUUCGUAUUAAAUUUUGGUUGAACAGCAAUAACCAACAAUAUAGGUACGAAAUGUCAAACACCCUGCAGUACUAUAAUGUAUUAAUAAUUCAGUAUCAUAACGAAAUAAGUUGUCACGGAACAGUAUUUUUCAAGUGCAAUACACUGUACAAAUAUUAAAAAUGUUUAUCGACACGGUGAAAAAAAACAACAACUUUACGUUGUAUAAAUAAACCCAGUAUACAUAGCGACAAUUUUUUUUUAAUGACAUUUUUUUUUACCAAAUAGUAUACUGAUGAGUCUCUAUAUAUCAUAUUUUACCACUAAGCAUACACCAUUUUGUAAAUUAUUAAUGCUAAUGAUGUGUAUCAUUAUUUUCGUUACGGCGCGGCGUGUAGACAGGGAGUACAAUUUUCUCAAGUGAAGGAAGGGAAGUUUAUAGGGUUUUAUACGAAGAUCUGACACUUGAAAUAACUUUUGUUCUAUUUAAAUAUUUUUGAUUUUUUUUUUUUUUUACUAAGCCUUCGCUGCAGUAAAAUAUUAUCAAGUUUUUUUUAGGGAGGGAGCUUAAAUAAAAAAAUUUAAAAAAUUGACUAUUUAAAAAAAAAAAUCAAAAUAGCCAUUUUGUAAAGUAGAUUUUUAGAAAAAUUUUAAAGAUCAAUACUUUCAUUUAGGAAUGCGUAUUUAUUUUCUAAACAUCUUUGAAUUUACUGAAAAUGUAAAUAUUAGAUUUGCUUAUAAUCUGUUAUAAUAUAUUUUAAUCAAUUAGUUGUCAGAGUAUAUUAACUGACACAGAUUUUUUCCCAUACAUAAAUAAAGGUUUUAACCACCAAACGUUUUCUAAAAAUUUAUUUUACAAAAGGGAUAUUUUGAAUUUUUUUCUUUAAGUACAGUAAAAUUUAAACAUUUUUCUUUUAAGUCCUGCCUCUCUAUAAAAAAAAAAAAAAAAAACAUAAUAUUUUAAUUAUAGUACAGAGUUACAUAUUUGAAAUAGUAUUUCAAAUAUUAUUUUUAUAUAUAAUUUAAAAUAUUGAAUAGAACAAAAGUUAUUUCAGGUGUCAGAUAUUCAUGUUCUCUGUAGUCUGUAUAUUUAUUAUAAAUCACGUUAUCUGUUGAUUUUAUUUUCAUAGUUAUUCAUUAAUAUUAUACUUCUCUACUAACAAUAAGUUAUUAUGAAUUAAAUUAACUUGUUGAGACAUUAUAUAGAGUGCGGAUAUAUUAUGGAGUGUUGAUAAUAUUGAAUAUUUAUAGCAAAACUGUACUGGAACUUCAUGCAUUUCUUUGUUAAUAUUCAAUUAAUAGGAAAUGAGGUUCUAUAAUAUUAUAAUAGGUACAUAUUGUUCCGUUUCGCAAUAAGCCAAUCAAUAUUAUUUGAAUGUAAAAAAUAAUAAUAAUUAUAAAUAUUUACGCGUACGCCGUACUUAUUAUACCUAGUACCCGCAUUAUUAAAACGCGUGUGAUCGAUGACAAUAUUAUUGACCAGACGACCAAUACUCUUGGGAGGAAUAAUAUUAAUCUUAAAAUUACCUUUAUUGACAUAAACACCACAACAACUUGCAGAUUUUAAAAUCCGAACACGUCUAUAAUAAUAACAUAUUAUAAUAUUAUAGGUAUUAUACUACCUAUGUAAAAUUUUAAAAUUAUAAAAUUUGAUUUCCUAUUUUGUUUACAACAAUCAAUCGCCUACAAUACCUACAUAAUAUAAUAUACACGUAUACAAUAAACGUAUACCUACUUAUACUACUUAUAAAUGUUUUUAAAAUAUUAUCCUAACGUAAUAAAUUAUAUUAUAUUCACGAGUACCGAGGUAUAUCAUUAUAAUACUAGUAUUAGGUAUCAUUCUUUUAGUUUAAAAAAAAAAAAAAUACGUAUGGUAGUUGUCGCGCAGUUGUUUACAAUGUUAUGUUUUUGUUACUACACAAUAUAUAAUAUACAAUGAACGAUGUUUAUUAUAGGUAUCUGUAUAGGUGUAUGGGUGUACCUAUAUUUAUUAUAAUUAUUAUUUAUACUACGUGUCUAUUAUUUACUUGCGUUAUUAAUUACACGCAAAAUAAAUUUAAAAAACACUUCAUGCUCGCAUCAUAGGCAUGUACUCAUCAUGUACUCGUAUUAUGAAGUGUGGGACCUAGGUACUGUAGGUAUUGUUGACAUUUAUUUAAAAUAUACAAUCAUGUUUUAUUUAAGUUUAUAAGUAUGUGAUAUACAUAUACAUACCUACACGCACAUUUAGAUAAUUUAAUCUACAAUCUAUAUUGUAUCACAAUUAAAAAUUCUAUUUUUCCGUUUAAUUAAAAAUAUUUCUAUAUUUCAAUGAGGAAACGAAAUUAAUUUUAUUAUGUUUAUGCAUUGGUAAAACGUUUAAUAGAUUGUGUGUAAGCAUAAAUAAUUCUUAAUGUAGUUUAGAAAUAAAAUCCAACGUAUCGUUUAAUUAUCAUUAUAUUUCUAAAUAGUGACUCUAAAAAGUUUUAAAACAAACAGAAUGGUUUGAUUUUCUAGUCAGUCGUGGUUGUUACGAAUUCGCAAUACCUUAUUAACAACACGUUUCAAAAAUUAUAUACCUAUACGAAUAAAUAAUAAUUUGUAUUUAAUAUUGACUCAAUAGACUUCGAUUGUUUUGACAAAAUUUUAAUAUUUAAAAUGUACUUUCAAGGCCAACUGUAUUGAUAAAUAUUCAAAAUAAAAGUUAUAAACAUAGGUGCGGUGUUCAUACAAAAAAAAAAAAAAACUAUAAAUCAAUUAUUAUCCUGUGAUUUCUAUAGAGCCGUCAACUGCAGUUUUAAAUUUAAAAAAAAUAGCGACUAUGAUGACAGGUUAUAAUAUUAUAGUUUAGGUAUUAAAAAAUAUAAAUCUAUAUUUUAUGAGCAAAUAUAAAUGAAUAAUGAUAAUCUAAUAAAUUAAAUUGAAUAAUAUAGAUACAUUAAAAGUAUUUACCUACUUACUGAUUACCUACAGAUUACUUAAUAAUAUUAAUUUAAAAACUGCUCAGAAUUUGAAAAUGAAAUACAAAUACCGGUCGACGUGGCGUCUCAUUUCACUCUUUGGCGCAAAUUAUAUAUCGAUAUAUUGCUAUAGUUAUAAAUUAUUUAAUUGUAAUAGGUACUUGUUACAUUUAUUUCUUAUAAUUUUGUUCGGUUGAGUUUCAUGAUUUUCAAGGAUAUGAACUGAAAAAUUCGUAAAACAUUAAAUUUCUGUGUGUAAAACUACUUGCAGCAUAUUCAAAGUUUAAAAAUGCUACAUAGUACAUACCUACGUACUAAAAAGUUCUCAUGACUCACGUUUAUUUCUUGUUAUUUUUGUAAUCUACCUACACUCUAUAGUUUACAAGCCGGACGUUUGAUGUUUGUAAUUUUCUUUUCGUUAUUAACUAUAAUAAAAUUAUAUUAUACUUUUAUUUUAUUUUUCCGACAUAUUUUACUUAGGACAUUUUUUUUUUCAGACAUUUUUACCUAGAUCCAUAUGUUAUAUUAAGUAUCAUACAUUUUUGUACAAAUUCCGAGUUGUACUAUUUUAGUUUUACAAUACUGUUUAGUUUUUAGUAGGUAUAGGUAUAUGAAAAUUAAAAAAAAAAAAUUCAACCAAAUACACUCAGCAGUGGAUUCAGGAGUUGUCCAAGGCAAUCGUCCCAUUGCCCCCCUCAAAUUCGUCUCUAUAUUAUUUUCAGAUAAUACUUAUCUUAAAAAUUUACAAAAUAACAAUAGACCACUAAUAUUCUUUGCUAACGUGAGUAAAACGCAACGAGUGUCUAGACACACAACCCUUAUAUUAUACUUACGUUAUAAAUAUUCCACUAUACUUUGAAGCCGUAAUUUUAUUUUUAAUUAUAUUAUUAUAGUUGUGCAAAGGCGAAGCAAUCGGAGCUUUGGCUAUGUCAGAACCCGGUUCGGGAUCCGAUGUGGUUUCCAUGAAAUUGAGAGCCGAACGUAAAGGAUCGCAUUACAUACUAAACGGUAAUAAAUUUUGGAUCACGAACGGACCAGACGCCGACGUGCUAGUGGUAUGUCAAUAUAAUAUUACUUAAGAUAAAAAAAAAUGUAUACAAUAUAAUACAUAAAAACAAUUUUAUUGCUUGGUGUACAGUUUCAGUUUUUAACGAUUGUAAUAUUAUCACAACUAUAAAUAAGAUCAAAUAAAUUAUACAAAGAUUAAAAAAAACAACAUAGUACUGAAUAAUUAAAUAUUCCAAAUUAAUAAACUAUAAAAGGCGCAACGAGAAGGUAUACAUAACUCUAAAAGAAAGGAGGGGGCGUAAAUUUUUAAAAUUAAAAUGACAGUAGUGGAAAUUUAUUUUAUACCUAAAUCGUAUAGUUGCAUAAUUUGUGUUUCAAUUACAGGCCCUUUUCUAACUUUGAAAACGUGCGUCUGCGGUACCAUGUCUACGUCAUGCACUUAACCUAUUUUUAUUAUUUAUUAUUCCAAAAAUCUACGCAGAAAAAUGUUUGAAAUGCUUACUAAUAGCUAUAACAAUUUUGGGUAUAAAUUUUUUUUAUAAAUAAAAUGUAUACAUAGAAGGUGUCCAACGAAACUAUACACUUCAGAUAAUGAAGAUAAUCAAAUUCUUUUAGAUUCUGAGUGAAGUGAAAAAGCUUAUGGUUUUACAAUGAAGUUUAUUUAUUUUUUUAACUGUAAACAAAAAUUUUACGAGAAAUUUUGCUCUGAUUUAUAAGUGUAGCACGUUUUCUGAAAGGAAAUCUGACUAGGGGGAUACUUUAUGGACGUCAUUUUUUGAUUUUCUCAUGAGUUUUCUCAAUAUAUUAGAAAACACGGAGGAAAACCAUGGGAAACCGGGAAAAUAUAUACAAUAUUAAAUAAAUAUUAUAAAAGAAAACGUUUUAUCCAUAAUUUGUAAUUAUUUUACCACAAUAUGACAUAUAUAUUGUUGAAAAUGCAAAACUAUUAACCGAACUUCGCUCAGAAUCGUUUUAUCGUUAGCAAUAGGUAAUCGUUGCACACGGAUACACAUUCAAUUUUCCCUCUACCACCUUCUCAACUUCUUAUCUACAAUAGUGGCCCAACCCUGUGCAAAGUAUGUCAAUCUUUUUUUUAAGUGGCUCACAGGUAUAGGGACGACAAAUAUUCAUAUUUUAAUUAAAUAUUAAACAUUGUUAAUAUCUUUUUUGUCUAGAGAAAAAUUAUGUAUAUUAUUAAUAUCAUAUUAGCGUUUCAAAUAAUUUAAAUCAUCUCGUUUAAUAAUAGUAAUAAGUUUUGAGAUAAUACCAAAACACUAUUAUGUUUAAUGUAUUAAAAGUAUAUAAAAAAUAUGAGUUUAAUGAAAAUAAAAAGUUAAAACGUCAAUAUUUUCGAAUGAAUAAAAUCUACCUAUAUAAUUAUUAUUGUUUAAAUUUAAUAAUGUGUCUUUUAUCUCAGGAUGUAUCACAAUGGGUAAUAGGUAUACCUUCGUGGGACACUUUGUAUACUCGAUUAGUUUUUAUGGAUAUCAGUUUGUAUAUAAUAUUUCAUCACACCUAUAUUUAAAAAAAAAAUUAUUUCAUUAAUUUCAACAUUUUCAUAUUCAUAGAACGAUUAAACAAAAUACUUAUUUCACUUUUAUCGUAUUAAUAUUAGUACAUUUGUUCGCGUAGAUUUUGUUUUUAUUUUAUAAAGAAUUGUCAAUAAACUUCAAUACCUGAGAAAAACUUUUAAAAAAAAAAUACUUUUUUAUAAUAUUAAAUUAUCCAUGUUUUUUAAAAUAAAUAAUGGAUUAGUAAAAUAUAUUCAAAAUGUAUUAUUUCAAUAGGUAUAAAAUACAUUUCCCAAAUAAUUUUCGCAAAUCAAUAAUACGAAAACAAUGUUGUAUAACAGUUAUAAGGUUAUGUUCAUUAAUUUAGUUAAAAAUAUAUGAUGGCAUAAUAAUGUGAGCGUAAAUAUUAUUCAAGGAAAUUGGCUACAUAAUUUAUGCUAUCGAGUAUCAAAAGUUUUUUUUUUUUAUUACGAUAAAUAUUUUAGAAGUAUAGUUACCUAUAUUAUCUAUAUAUUUUCUAUAAUGUUUAGUUGUGCACUUAUAAUUGCUAAUCAUAACAAAUAUCGAGAUUCGAAAACCCGUUAUUGCAAAUAUAAAUAUUAUUGCAGUUGCUCAGUACAAUAUUAUAAAUAUUAUACUUAAAAAAAGAAAUUCUAGGAUAAUGGAGACGGAUGCAGCCACUGUUAUAGGUAAUUUAUUGUAAGCAACGAUAUAAACCAUUGCUUACGAAAAAACGAUUCUGAGCGAGAUUCAGUUAAUAACGAUGCUUUGUCAACAAUAUAUAUACUAUAUUAUAGUAAAAUAAUUAAAUAGAUUAUAUGUUUUCUUUAAUGAUAUUUGUUUAAUGUUGUACCGAUUUUACCAGUUUUUCACACUUGCUAAGAAAACUCCGAGGAAAAUUAAAAAACGACCUCUUUUACCUUCCCAGUGAAAUUUCCUUUCAAAAAUAUUGCUAUUAUUAAAAGUUGGAGCAAAAUUGCUGGUAGAAAAAUUGUCCACAGAAAAAAAAAAUAAACAUCUCUGUAAAACCAUAGGCUUCUUCGCUCCACCAUCACCUCCUCACACCACAUAGUUUGUUGCAAUAUAUGUAAAUUUUGAGCGAGAUUUAAAAUGUCUCGUAUUUAAAAUACACAAAUCUGAAAUCCAUUGAUUUUAAACCCCUGCAAUUUUUGUAUUUAUGGCUUUUCUUCAACAAUAAAAAUUAAAAUAGAUAAGUAUAAUUAUUUAAUUAUUUAAUUCUGAAAGAAAACAUGUUCAAGAAUAAUAAAAUUGAAAUUAUAUAUUAUCAAUACUCCAAAAAAGUAAUAUAAAUAUAAUAUAUAAUAUAAUUUAUUAAAAUUUACAAUUCACUAUUUCCCUACUAUAAAUUAAAUAAAACUAAAUCUAUUUUUAGAUUCUGAGCGGAGCGAGGAAUGUAUUGGUUUUACAAUUAUUUUUAAUUAACCAGAAAGCUUACACCGGUUAUCAAGUAUAGCACCUUCUCUGAAAAAUAAUGUUCUCUGGGUGGUACUUUAGAGAGGUCAUAUUUUGAAUUUAUUAAUAUGUUUUUUUAGGUUAAAAAAAGAAUGAAAGAUUAUAUAUAAGAUUUUCAUUAGUAACCGUUUUUAUUUAUUUUUUGUAAUAUUUAAGUUUUUAUUAUUCUAAUCUUUUUUAAACAAUCAUUGUUGUCAUGGAAACGCACAUUGUUGAAAAAACAAAUAAUAUAAACCGAAAUAUAUGAAAAUAUAAUACAUUUCUAUUUAAAUACAUUCUUAUAACUAUUAAUCUUUAUAUUAAACUUCUUUAUUUCAUACUUAAGCAUCACUAUCAACUGAACUCUGUUCAAAAUUGUUUAUUCGUUAGCAAUGAUUUAUCGUUACUUACAGAUAUGCAUUAAAUUCCCUUCUGUAUCUCACCUUCUCAACUUCCCACUUACAAAAGUGACUGCACCCACGUUCGAAGUAUGUCCGUUUUUUUUACAUAUGAUAUUUGGUUUACUAUUAUUAUAUUUUUGAUCUAUAAGUUGUGGAAUAUUUUAAUAAUUAAGUAUUAAAAAGUAAAAAAAUAUUCAAACAAAAAUUGAAAUGACCAAUCAAUUUAUAAGUUAUUUUUAUAAAUAUGUUAAAAAAACAGUAAUAAGUUAUAAUUUGAAAAUUCUGAUUUUUGUAUUCUAACUGUAAAAAAUUAUUUUAUUUAAUUCAUAGUUUCUAAUAAUAUGUCCCAGGUACCUUCCUAUAUAAGAAUAGUUAUAUAGAUACAUAAUUUAUUUUAUAUUAAGUAUAUAAUUUUAUUAAAACAUUAUUUGUUUUUAUAAUGUUGGGAGUGUGGGGGCUCUUAUAGGUCUUUGCGUCCUGAAUAAUUUUCGCAACCUCUAACAUUAUGCCCAAAUUAUGCCACUGGAUGACCAGUUAUCUAACUACAUUAAAUUAUUAAAAUAUGUAGUACUUCAAUGUUGUUUGAAUAGUAAUAGAAUAAUAUUGAGUUUUCAUUACUUAUAUGACUAUAUAUUUAUAUAUAUAUAUAUAUAUAUACUGAAACUAUUAAUGUAUUUACCGAUUUAGUGAAAUGUUUUUAGUUUAAUGAAAGAGAAAAAUGUAUAAUAUUAUUAAUUUGAAUAUUAUAUUAUGUACAUAGUGGGUAUAUUAAUAUUAAAUGAUUGCUGAACAUAAACAGAAUACACUAAAACGUACGUCGUCACUUUUUACAUACCUAUUGUUAAGUAUGUUAUAUUAAGCAUUAGGUAUUUGCAGAUUGUGUGUUAAUUUUAAAUUUAAAUUAAUAAAACAUAAAAUAAUUUAAACGAUUCGUUAUAUGCAUCCAUCGUUACCUAAUCCAUUCGAUAUAUAUGAAAUAAUUAUGUAUAUAUUUUUUUUUACCGACUAUGUAUAUAGACAAUUAUUGGGUUGUUUCCAAUAUCGCGGAGCGAUAAUGAUAACAUUAUAAACAUAUUGAAAUAAUUUAUUUAAAUUAGAUAAAUUAUGAUUUUUUUUUUUUUUUUAAUGUAUUUGUCAGGUAUAUGCUAGAACGAAUGCAGACGCUAAAGCGCAACACGGUAUUUCCGCGUUUAUAAUCGAAAAAUCGUCCGAAGGGUUCACUACAGGUCCCAAACUCGAUAAACUAGGCAUGAGAGGCUCAAACACGUGCGAACUUAUUUUUCAAGAUUGUAAAGUACCCGGUAAGUAUAUAAGUUGUAAUAAUAAACUGGCGCGAAAAGAGCCAGUUUUUGAAUUUUUUAGAACGUUUGAGAUGUUUUCAAAUGUCCCAUUUGAUUAUUCCCAAAUUAUUUAAAUAUCUAUCUAAAUUCAUAAAUCUGCUAAUAAUUACAUAAAAUCGAGUCAUUUGUGUAGCUAUAUAAAACAGGGUCGGAUUUAGUGCCGGGCUAUGGGGCUCACACGCAGGGUCACGUGUUCGGGGUGCCUCUAGGUUUAUAUUCUGGUGAUAAUGAUAAUAUAUGGGUAAAUAUAUAACUAUAUACCGAUAUUUAUGUGACCGUCGUACUGGUAAAGCUACUGAAGCAAACCCAAAAGCUAUUAAAUCUGGAGAUGCUGCCAUCAUCAACUUGGUUUCAUCCAAGCCUUUGUGUGUUGAAGCUUUCUCAGAGUUCCCUCCUUUGGGACGUUUCGCUGUGCGUGACAUGAGACAAACUGUUGCUGUUGAUAUCAUUAAGAGUGAACUUCAAGGAUCCGUCUGCGGGUAAUACGAACAAAGGCCGCCGAAAAAGCCCAGAAGAAGAAAAUGUAUAUAUAUAAUAUAUAUAGUUUAAGCACCUAUAUCAAUUUUUUCUCAUCGUGAUUGUUAUUGAAAGUUUAAAAAUCGUUAAUGUUGAACAUUUUUAAAAAUAUUUAGAAGUAGAUAUUUAUUUUUGUUUCUAUGUAUCGUAUUGUUCAUAAAAUGUGUGUUAAAAUUACGAUAAAUGGUAAUGACGCGUAAAACCGUAAAAAAUGUAAUUUUACGCCAAAAUGGUCUUCACGCCGAUAAGUCCGUCUCCGUGGCUCCUGAUAUACCGAGUUUAAAACGUCAUGUAUUAAUUUGGAGUGUUUGUUUUAGUCGAAAACGUAUUGGGCGAGGAAAAUAAAGGUGUGUACGUGUUAAUGUCAGGAUUGGACUUGGAAAGGCUAGUUAUAGCUGCUGGACCUGUUGGGUAUGUAUAAUGUUUGAUUUGAGGUUUAAUAAUAAUUGGGUAGAUACCUACAUAAACAUGAAAUUAUACUUUUUUACCGGAUACGUUUUAGAUUAAUGCAAGCGAGCGUAGACUUGGCAUUUGAUUACGUACACUCUAGAGAACAGUUCAAAACUAAAAUCGGAGAAUUUCAAUUGAUCCAAGUACGAUUGUAAUAAUAAAGUACCAUUCCUAUCUACUUAUAAUAAUUACUCGUGAAAUACAAGACGCCUCGGCCAAAGUUUUUGAGUAAAUAAUAUGCCUAAUAAGUUCAAUAACUUUAAUAUAAAUUAUCAUUAAUAGCCUACAUUUGUAACCUAUGCGUGGCUUUUUUAUUUAACUUCAAAAAAUAUCCGUUUCACAAAUAUCCCCGCAAACAUAUCGCCUUUAGGAUUGAUUAAACAAUAUUAUAAUAUUAGUAGGUAUUAAUAAUAUUCGUAUUGGUUUUCCAGGGCAAAAUCGCGGACAUGUACACGUCGUUGAGCGCCAGCAGGAAUUACCUGUACAACGUGAGCAGGGCUUGCGAUGGGGGUCACGUGUGUAGCAAAGACUGUGCUGGAGUGUUACUGUUCGCUGCCGAAAACUCCAUUAGAGUAGCAUUGGACACCAUCCAAUGUUUAGGUGGGUAAUAUACAUUUAUAUUAAGUUUGUCAGGCCGUAUUUUCGUGAAUUUUGCUCGAUAUUUUUAGAUUCUGAUAUGGUUUUACAAUGAUGUUUAUUCUUUUUUUAUCUGUGAACAACUUUUCUGCCAGAAAUAUUGCUCCGAUUUACAAGUGUAGGCAGUGUUUCACUUUUUCUGAAAAUAAAUCUGACUGGGGUGGUACUUUAGGGAGGUCAUUUUUUUAAUUUCCCUAGGAGUAGUCUCAAUAUAUUGGAAAAACCGAGGGAACGGGAAAAUAUAGAUAUAAUAUCAAAAAAAUAUUAUUACCUAAAGAAAAUGUUUAAUGCAUGUGUAAUUAUUUUACCAUAAUAUGACAUAUAUAUUAUUGACAAAGCAACACUAUCAACUAAACUCUGCUCAGAAUCGUUUUUUCGUUAGCAAUGUUUAUAUAAUCGUUGCUUACAGAUAUGUAUUCAAUUCUCGUAUGUAUUCUACCUUUUCAACUUCCCACCUACAACAGUAGCUGCACCCGUUCCCAUUAUCCUAGAACAGCUUUUUAUUAAUGUACUUGUCAAUAAAACAUGUGUGUAUCGUCUCGGCAGGCGGAAACGGUUACAUAAACGAUUACGCGUCGGGUAGAUUGCUGAGAGACGCCAAAUUGUACGAAAUCGGCGCCGGUACAAACGAAAUAAGAAGACUGAUUAUCGGCCGGUCGCUGAACAAGGAAUAUUUGUGAUGGUUGAACGCGAUGAUUUUGACAAACUGUGUUGUAACUGUUUUUUUUCUCCAAAACUCAAUACCUAUUUUUAAAAAAAACCUGUUAGAUUAUAAAACGGUAUUCAAAACACUAUAAAAAUAUAAAAAAUAUCUAAUACUGAUUUG